AGUGGGAGUUGGCUGGCUGAAGGCGACUUGAAGCCGAAUGUUGAUUUCUGCAGCUGUAGGUUCUUCAGAAGGAGAAAGUUAGCCUUCUCAAUAACUCGUAUAAUUAUCGCGAGUAGUUUCUCUGCAACUGCAUCCGAUUGCUUUGAUGUCGCACACUUGAAAUCGAACGAAGCAAUGGCCCCUGCUCUGAGCAAAUACCUCACUUCGAGGACCGUAGUAAAUGCAGGUUCAUUGUCGGUCCUCUUGUGGCUGGCUUACAUUAGCAGAAAGGCGAGAAAAUCCAGGAACCCUGCCACUGACAACAUUCGAUAUGUGGUUGGAGAGAAAUCAACUCAAUCCAAAGGGCAGAAUAAAGCUCAUGUUGAUGCCGUCUUUGCUAAACAACUGCGGGUGCUAUGGAAGAUAAUUGUGCCGGGUUUGUUCAGUCCAGAGGCCGGCUUUCUUGCUCUUGUGGCAGCUUCCCUGGUGGCUAGGUCAUUAUGUGACCUUUGGAUGAUCCAAAACGGCACUCUCAUUGAGAGUGCCAUCAUUGGUGCCGAUAGGGCGAAGUUCAGAGUAAGACUGUUCAACUUCCUUGCAGCCAUGCCUGUCAUUUCCCUGGUAAACAACGUGCUGAAAUAUGGUCUCACAGAAUGCAAGCUGCGGAUGCGAACGAGAUUAACCCAUCACCUUUAUGACCAGUACCUGAGUGGCUUCACAUAUUACAAAAUGACUAACCUGGAUAACCGCAUUGCAAAUGCGGACCAAUUGCUAACGGUUGACGUGGAAAAGUUCUGUGAUACAACUGUGGAUCUCUACUCAAACAUCAGCAAGCCACUUUUGGACAUUGGAAUUUACGUCUACCGAUUGACAAUGAAUAUUGGAUUCAAGACGCCAUCCUUGAUGAUGAUAUAUCUAUUUAUAUCUGGCGUCAUCCUGACUCACCUUCGAAGACCCACAGGCAGACUCACCAUGGAGGAACAGAGAUUAGAGGGCGAAUUCCGUUAUAUCAAUUCUCGAGUGAUUACAAACUCUGAAGAAAUUGCCUUCUAUCAAGGCAACCGUCGUGAGAAACUGACACUUUUGGCAUCUUACAGCAAACUGAUCAGUCACCUCCGCAAAUUCAUGGACUUCAAAUUUGUGAUGGGAAUAGUUGAUAAUAUUGUUGCCAGAUAUAUUGCCACUGUGGUUGGUUUCUAUGCUGUAAGCAUUCCUUUCUUGACACCUGGUGGUGCUCUUUCAUCAAUUGGGCAGCAAGAGAGACUGCAGGCCUACUAUACUAGUGGCAGAAUGUUGGUAAAACUGGCUGAAGCAAUUGGAAGACUGGUGCUGGCAGGCAGAGAAAUGUCUCGCCUGGCAGGUUUCACUCAGCGUGUAACGCAAUUGAGGCAGGUGCUACUAGACCUUAACCAAGGCCACUAUGUUCGCAGCAUGGUCACCUCUAAUGGAGCCUCUAACGGCAGUGGACCUCACCGUGGUGAAGGUAAACUGCCUCUGAUCCCUGGUGCAGGAAGACUCGUCAUCCAGGACAACAUAAUCAAGUUUGAUCGUGUACCCCUUGUCACGCCAAAUGGUGACGUUCUCAUAGAAGAACUGAGCUUUGAAGUGCAUUCUGGAAUGAAUGUUCUUGUUUGUGGGCCCAACGGCUGUGGCAAGUCAUCACUGUUCAGAACGCUGGGCGAGCUGUGGCCUCUAUUCGGUGGCACCCUGACCAAACCUGAGAUGGGAAAACUCUUCUACAUUCCACAGAGGCCGUACAUGACCCUUGGAACGUUGAGGGACCAGGUCAUCUAUCCACACACGCAUGAGCAAAUGAAAGCCAGUGGAAAGACUGACACAGACCUGGAGAAGUUCCUGGAGCAGGUUCAACUGUCGUACAUCUUGAACCGGGAGAGUGGUUGGGAUGCCAUCGCAGACUGGUUAGAUGUCUUGUCAGGAGGAGAGAAGCAGAGGAUCGCUAUGGCAAGGCUGUUCUACCACGGUCCUCAGUUUGCCAUACUUGAUGAAUGCACCAGCGCUGUGAGUGUUGACGUUGAAGGUUCUAUGUACCAGUAUUGCAGAGAAGCUGGCAUCACGCUAUUCACAGUGAGCCACAGAAGGUCACUCUGGAGACACCACGAGUACUACCUUCAAAUGGACGGCCGUGGAAUGUAUGAAUUCAAGAAGAUUGAUGAAAGCACCGAACAGUUUGGAUCGUGAUUAUCUUUUUUGCAUACAAGGGUGGAGGAUACAAGUUUUAGUUGCUGUUUAUCUGUUGCCAAUGAUAUCUUUUAAGAAUUAGGCUAUUUGUUUUCCCUUUGCCAGGUCUAUAUAGUCACAAUUAAACCUAGGUUUGUAAAUAAUCCAUUUUUACACGAGCAUGUCACUGUGGGGAAAACUUUGAUCUAUUAAUUUUCAUUUUAGGGGCCAGCGAUCGAUUGCUUCGAUCUUUCCAAUUUAAAUUUUACUUUUAAAUUGUAGCCUAAUUUCUUUUAAAACAGCAUGAAAUUUGUGGUCAGGGAGAUAUUUUUAUUUCCAUGAUAUUUGAAGCUGUUGACCAGUUAUUUAUGUUCGUCUCAUUAUCGCCAUCAUUUCUACUCAAGUGCACGAUAUAAAUGGUAUAGCGUUAUGUGAUUUUGACAUUAAAUUGUUAUAAUUUUUAAAUAAAGCAUUAUCUGGAGUUGCAGAGAAA